AUCCUUCUAUCGAUUUUCUCUGACAAGAGCCCGCAACAUGAGCCUAUUAAUAACAAUCCCGUUCUUCAAACACACACUCACGCUUAUUAAAUCCAGAUAAAAAUCCUGAUAAUGAUAAUUUCAUAUGUUCCCAAUACCCCACUGGCAAAACCCGGGCGAUUUUCCAAAUAGCAAAAAUGGUGGCGAUUUCUGUGAAAUACCUAGAAUGCCUCCGUUGGUCCUACACGGUGCCGAUACUCUGCUACAUCGCCUUCUUCCUCAUGAUAUGGAUGCUGGCGGUGCCUCUCAAGCAAAACAUAAAGAUCGUCAAGAAACUGAACAUCGACGCCGAGGAUUCGUUCGAAAUUCGCAUAAAAAACAGCAACUUCAACACCGACAAGAAGCCGAUCAGCGAGGACAUCGACCAGAAGAACGAAUAUCUGGUCAACACAGACGACGAGGAGUAUUUGAAUAAAGACAGCACUCGAAUACUAACGGAAGUGUUCGUAAAGGCAGACAUUAACAAAGACAGAAAACUCGACUCCAAGGAACUGGCCCAAUGGAUACGGCACAAGAUAGUGGAGCACAUCACCACGGCCGUGGGAGGCAACUUGGAAUUGUUCAAUCUCAUCGACAAGAACCCCAAGAACGGUGUCGUUACGUGGAAGGAAUACCACACUUACUUCCUGAAGAAGCGCGGCUUCAGCGACAAGUACGUCGACGAUCACGACGAGCGCAGGCACAAAGGCCUGCAGAGAUCGCUCAAAGAAAAGAUCAUGAGAGACAAGGCUUCGUGGAUGGAAGCCGCCCGGUCGAACCCGGACUCGCUCACGCUCGACGAAUUCCUGGCCUUCACCCAUCCGGAAUCCAGCGUCACCAACCAGCUGGUGCUGGUCGACGAGCUCUUCGACAAAUUCGACAGAGACGGCGAUGAACUGUUGACCGAAAACGAAUUCGCCAUUAUGCAAACCGAAGGUAACGGGGACGAGACGCUGGUGGUGCGCCAAGAUGAGAACGAGCGCCGGGCCGAGUUCAGGAACACCAUAGACCUGAAUGGGGACGGUAAGGCGGAUCGCAGGGAGCUCCUGAGGUACAUCGCGCCCCAGAGCCCCAGGCAUAGCGAGCACGAGGCGGAGGCGCUGGUGGCUCUGGCGGACAACGAUCGCGAUGGGGCCUUGUCGAUGGACGAAAUUCUCGCCCGUCCGGAUCUGUUUUUGAAGUCGAAAAUGGUGGAUACCGCUAGGAGUUUCCACGAUGAAUUUUGAAUUAUUUUCGCGAGGUAACUAAAAAAUUCAAAAUCGAUUCUUUAGCGUUGCUUGUGGGAAGUUUCCUGUGAGUAAUUAGUGAUUUUUUUCAUGUAAGAAUCCGUUGUUUGUUAGUUUUUAUCUAAUGUUAAUAUUGGAUAAUUGAACAUUGUGAUAAUUGAAACGGUUUUAAAUUCCAUUAAUAAAUAUAUUUCCAUUUGUUGGAGUUAUCAAUUUU